AUGUCUAAAAAACUGACAAAAAAUUCUGUUGUAAUUUCAACAUCGAAUGCAACACUUAAUGCAACACAACAACUGAGUGAAGACUGGAAAAAUCUUUUGUUAAGUGAACAAUCAGCUGAUGUUACCAUUCGUGUGGGUCAAAAACCAUUUCGUGCAAUCAAAGGCAUUCUUGGAGCACGCAGUCCUGUUUUUGCUGCAAUGUUUGAUCAUGAAAAAUUAAAAGAAAGUGAAACACCAAAUAUUGACAAAAUGCCAAGAGAACUACUUGCUGUUGCUGAAAAAUAUCAAGUUGAAAGUUUAAAAAAUAUUUGUGAAGAAGUAAUAUGCAAAACGAUAGUCCUUGAUAAUGUUGCAAGUAUACUUGUUUUUUCCGAUAGAUAUAAUCUUGAAAAACUUAAUCAAAAAUGUUUAGAAUUUAUGAAAAGAAAUUUACGAGCCGUUAUGUCAAAUAAAACAUUUCAAGUUCAAAAAAAAAAAUAUCCUGAAAUUUUUGUCGGUGUUCUUGAGCACUUGCUGUUGUUAUAA